UGCUAAUCCUCGACUCUCUCGAUAUCCAUUUUUUAUGCAAUAUCCACUAGCGAGUGGCGAGAAAGCUAUGCUUUCUCUGCCGCGGCUCAUCUCUUCUCCACUCCUUGCUCCCGUGUUGCUUCGUCGCCCUUCGACCCGUCAUCAGGCCAGUUCGAAAAAUGCUAUUUUGAUGCCGGGAUCGAGAGCCCGCCGGUUGGUUGUUCGAAUGAGGGUUUCCGAUCGUGAAAAUGUGGUGGAGAUGGCCGGAAUCGAUCGUUUUGAGAUAGGCGGUGUGGUGGAAGACAGUGAUCCUGGGACAGCGGAGACGAUUUUGAGGAGGGAGGGGGUAUCGGCCAAUCUCGAGGCCACUCUGAAUCGAUCGAGCAAGUGGCUUGUGGCUGCUCUUUUUGGUUUUGUCAUUCUUUGGAAGCAUGACGCUGAAGCUCUAUGGGCUGCAAUGGGAUCGGUGCUGAAUGCGUGGUUAUCAACUGUACUAAAGCGGCUGUUGAACCAAGAUAGGCCUUCUUCAUUGAAGUCGGAUCCUGGAAUGCCUUCUUCACAUGCCCAAUCAAUCUUUUAUGCGGCGGUUUUUUCAGUUGCUUCUGUUAUACGCCUCAUGGGGAUUAAUUUGUGUACGGUGGGUGUUGGUGUUCUUACAUUAUUAUGUGGCGCUUAUCUGUCAUGGAUGAGAGUAUCUCAAGGAUUUCACACCAUGAACCAAGUGCUUGUUGGCGCGGCUUUAGGAUGUGCAUGCAGUCUCAUAUGGUUCUGGAUGUGGCAUUCAUUUGUUCUACGAGCAUUCGUCGUGUACAUCUGGGUCAGGGUAUUCGUCGUUCUCGCCUCACUAUCUUUCUGUCUCGCCUUCUUAUUUUAUGUCAUUCAGAAUUGGCUCUCGGAUGAGUGAUAUCUUGUUUUGUUUCUUAGUAGUUCUUACCAAUAAUUUUGCAAAAUGUACAUAACAUCCAUUAUUUAUCUAGUUAACAUAUCUUAACAUCUAAAUUCCGACUUUCUACACAUUUGUAUCAUCCAAAUCUUUCAUAUU